UUCUGCUUCUCAAGUCCAUAUAUAAAUGGAUUCCCACCUAGCAAAAUUUUGAAAAUAAAAAAUCACUCGUGUUUUGACUAUAAAACAACAACAAAAUCAUUUGUGUCUGUUUUGUUUAAUUUGAUCGCAACAGCAGAAUGUCUUUGAGGAACGCACUGAAAAGUUGGCGAUGGACUCUGACUCAACAAUUGGGAGAGGGAAGGCGAUUAAUUGCCACCUCCACCACUCCAAAGUUGAAGCCCAUGUCCCCAGCUAUAGAUGGUGCUCACCAUGACCAUUCCAAUUCUAGGAAGAAUGCUUUGAAGGCAGAUUUAACACCGGUGUAUAUUGUGUGUGGAAUGGUGUGUAUGGCUUUGACUAUCGGAACACACACCGCGUACCAACAAUUGGCUCGUUCUCCAAGUGUCAAUAUCAACAAGAAAAGAAGAGAAUCUGUGCAAGAAGUGGAUGAUCCCGAUCGCACCAUAAAUUCUGCUGACAAAUUCAUCAAUGGUUCUUUUCUUAGGAAAGUGUCUCAAAUCCAAGAAAACAAGAGCACGCUCCAUGAUCCAGUCCACCCUAAUCCUUACACCCACCCUCGAACCGCUGAGACAUUGAAGUCAGUGGGCAUUGAGCCUGGGAGGCAUUGAUAUGUUGUUUUCUUCCUAAUCAAACGUGGUGGCACAUAGAGUCUUAUAUCGCUUCCAUCUUCAAUUUUGAGGACUACUUGAGAUCGUAAGAUGAGAAGGUUUUGACUUUGUGGUUGUAAAUUUGUUUUUGUAAUUUUUCACUUGUGGCUUGUUAUGUCACACUUGUAAAUUUAGGUAAAUGUUUGGUACUUAUUAGCCCACCUUCACUCUUGAGAGUGGAAUUAUAAGGAUGCGGCUCUGGUUCUCUUCAUCUUUACAGCAGCUAUAUGUCUGCAUUAAUUGUACAUAAAUAAUAAAUAAAAGUACUACAUAAUACUAACUUGUGAAAUAAAGCUGCCACAGGAUUUUCUAUAA